AUGAGUGCCCCCCACCCCAGGAUGCGAACCGGGCGUGGAGGCACCUGGACGGGCACCUGGACGGGCACCUGGACGGGCACCUGGACGGCUAGUUUUGAGGAGUGGGCCGAGAAACAGCCGGUGCCAUCGUGGUCCGCGGCGCUGGGUGGCCCUGUCAUGCGUUAUGCUCUUGCUCCGAUCGAGGGCAUUAUCGACAAAUCAAUAUUCAAGGUGGAAUCAAGUACGAGGGCCAAAUAG